AUGUUGCUUGAUCAAUAUCGUGAUGAAACUAAUGAACAAUUUGAUAAAGAAUUGAUACACGAGAAUAUUAAUCUAUUAGGAACAGUAGCAUCAUCAAUUGGAGAUUUUGCCCGCAAAACCAUGCGGAUUGUCUUUAGCGAGCAUGAAUUGAAAACAGAAAUUCUUCCUCCACAAAGAUCUUAUUUGGCUCGAUCAAGUUUAGAUGAAAAAAAAUUUCAAUUAGUAAAUGAUGCUAUUCGCAUCAAAUUCAAGCUUGACUCGAGCAAAUAUUCGGCAUUUUAUAAAAAUAUUUUGAGAAGGAAAUUAUCUGAUUUUCUUAUUGAAGAACGUCGCAGAGAAUUAAACAGAAUUGCUCGUCGUUAUAUUCGAUCCCAAACCACGGAAAAUUCAUCUUGA